GUUUCGCCGCUGAUACAUGUUCCUACACGGACAUAUUUCUAGCAGGACGCGAAUGUACGAUCUUUGGGAAGAAGAGGCAAUUUUUUUUUGCGGUGGCGAAAAUGUCAGGCCUGUCAAAAACAGAGCGCGCUGGAUGUACAAAUAUACUGAAGUUAAUGUCGAAAGACAACUUACUCUCACUUACUGACACAGUCACGAAUAAGAUGAUAGUAGUUGAAAAUACGGCAGAGGCUUCGGAAACAAUCCUCCUCUUCACUAAAACUGCCGAGGAGCUCCUGAAAAGGAAGAAGGUUCAUCGCGACCUCAUAUUCAAGUACCUGGUCGGAGAGGGCGUCGUGAUGCCGUCGAACAGCGAGAAACACCAGCUGGUGAAAAGGACCCUGGAGCUCUGGUCGUCUGGCAAGGCGGACGAAAGCCUUCCGGGACAGAGCAAUGAGACUAGACCGAGGCCGACCACGGAGGUGAGGGCCGAGGUAGACUUUGACCCUCUGGUACUGGGCCAGCAGUUCUGCCAGUGGUUCUUCCAACUCUUAAACAGUCACAACCCCUCGCUGGGCCAGCCGCCUCAGGAUUGGGGGCCGCAACACUUCUGGCCAGAUGUGAAGCUACGUCUUAUCGCCAAAGCUGGCAGCGAACAGAUGGAGGAUUUCCUGGGGGCCGAACUGGUUAGCCUUCGUCUGCUAGCCUUGAUCAAGGAGGAGCACCUCGUCCUCAAUCCCAAUCUGCAGCCUCAUGGCCUUAGGGCUCUGGCCUCCCCCCACGGCCUGGUACUGGUGGCUGUAGCUGGGACCAUCCACAGAGACAAAGCCUGUCUGGGCAUUUUUGAGCAAAUCUUUGGUCUGAUCCGUUCCCCGCUGGAGAAUAACAUCUGGAAGAUCAAGUUUAUCAACCUGAAGAUCAGAGGAAAGGAAGCUCUGGGUGGGACAGAUAUGGUAGCCCCUGCCUUGAGUUACAACUCAACCGAAUUGCAGCUCCUUUGCAGUUGACAAACACACUUUGUUUUACAUUAUUUAACCAGAGAAUGUUUGUCCCGGAAAAUAUAUAUUUUUACUCAUCUAACUUCAUCCAAGGAAUGUUUUUCAGAGGUCAAGACCUGGAGACUUGUGGACAGACCCCUCUCCUACCUUAUUUUUACGUGUCAAGUUGUAAAAGCGGGUGGACAUCUAAAUUAUUUUCACUUCACUGAUGUAACAUAAGGAAACAACAAAGCUUGAGUAAAGGUUUCCAAAUGUCUUGCUUUCCAGAGAAUGUUAGUCUCAGUUCCUUCUUGUUGUGGAAAUAUUUCUGCUCCAAAUAUUCUGUACCUUAAUAGAAGUUGUGCUUUAUGUGCCUUUAAAUAAGAUACAAUGUAAUUGAAGAUAUCGAUGUGAUUUUAUCAACCUAUGUGUACACUUGUCAAUACUAGCAAGCAGAAUGCUGUUUUUUUUGUUUUUAUAUGACACUACAAAGUCAAUUCCAAUGUUGAACAUAAUCCAAGUUUGCUGUGCUUUCAUAGGAUGAGUAAAGGUCAACCCACAAUGUUAAUGGCUGAUUAGUGUUGUGUCAAAGAACCUCACAAACUGACCGUAAUCAUGCAAAGGCCUGUUGUGGGAUCUCUAGUGUCAAAUAUCGGAGCAGUGAACAGAUGGAGGAGCUCCUGGUUGCUGAACUGGUUGCCCCCAGAGCUCUGGUGUCUCAUACAUCUAAUGAGAUAUCCUUUCUAUCCAUCAGCAGCAUAUAUAUAUUUUCUCUGAAAGGAAGUGUUAGUCGUUUGGAUGCAACCUUUUCUAAUUAAUUAAUUUAAUUGUGACCGUUUCCGAACCACAGUCGUCGGGCCUCUGGCAUCGUUGUUGACAAAAUAUCAUGAUUUAAAUCAGAUUUAUCCAUUCCUCCCAGCUGCCUCAAUCAGAUUAUUCUCAUAACAUUUCACAUUUUGGUAGCACAUCUGUGGGGGAGAAUGACAGCCAAGUUGUUUAGAGCUUAUUUGUUUUCUGUAUUUUGAAUUUAUCCUGGGCCAAUUUGCAUGAUCUGUUUUAUUUGGCCUCAACCAAAACAGAACAAAAAUGAAUUAUUUGACUUGAUCAUUAGGAGGCCAGAUGCAGUGCAGUGAUAAAUAACUUUACAUCCUCUGGCAGAUGCUGAAUUGAAGAACAUCAUUUACCGAAGGAUUCUGAAGAUGAACAGGUCCUUUUUCUUUCUGACAAAGGAUACAAAGAAAAAACAAUGUUCAUAGAAACUGUUUGUUUCUGAUGUUCAUAGUAAGUGAGAUUGUACUUUAUGAGCAUUUUUUACCCCGACUUAUGUUUUUUUUUUUUUUAACAAUUCCCAUUCAAACACCAGCAGAGGGCAUGUGUACAUUGUGCAGGCUUCCCACUACCACAUGUGAAUGAUUACUGGGUGGUCAGACAUCUAAUAAAUAAACACUUUCAUUAACUGUG